AUGGCUCUCCCUUCCGCAGUGGUGAUGACCGUGUCUACCUUUGUGACUGGUGCCAGGAGUAAAUGGGAUAAGAACACACUGGACUGUCGCUACCGCUCAUUGAGCAUGUCUCUGACCAUCAAUACCUUUGCCUUCUUCAUCACCACCAUCGUCAUCACUACCAUCACCAUCACAAUGACGGUCUUUGUCCGGUCUCAGGGAACCCGGCGGGAGCAGCCGGGCGGGAGCCCCGGCGCGGCCCUGACGCUGUCUCCUCCUCCAGGUUUGGCUGUGCAUCAGAUCAUCACCAUCACCGUCUCCCUCAUCAUGGUCAUCGCUGCCCUCAUCACAACUCUUGUCUUAAAAAAUUGCUGCGCCCAAAGCGGGAACACCCGGAGGAACAGCCACCAGCGCAAGACCAACCAGCAGGAGGAGAGCUGCCAGAACCUGACGGACUUCACCCCGGCCCGGGUGCCCAGCAGCAUGGACAUCUUCACGGCCUACAACGAGACGCUGCAGUGCUCCCACGAGUGUGUCCGGGCGUCCGUGCCCGUGUACACCGACGAGACGCUGCACCCCUCGGGGGAGUACAAGUCCACGUUCAAUGGGAACCGGUCCUCCUCUGCUGACCGGCAUCUCAUCCCUGUGGCCUUUGUGUCUGAGAAGUGGUUUGAAAUCUCCUGCUGACUGGCAGAAGGCUUUUUUACCUCCUGGGGGCAGGGCGGACGCCACGUGUCUGCUUCAGGAUUCCGUUGGUGAACCUGUAAAAACAAAACAAACAAAAACACAAAACCUAAAACUAAACUCUCCGAGGGGGAGGUCCCGCACCUCCCACUUCUGUUUGCCGGUGGGAAAAGCCGCAGCAGGAUGCUCUAGGCCAAAUCUAUUUUUGUAAAAAUUGCUCACGCCUAUGGGUGACUGCCUUCUUCCAGAGUUUUCUUUGGAGAACAGAAAGAAGAAAUGCAAGAAGGGGGACCGGAGACAGAGGGAGGCCAAGAGGAAAGGACAGGAGGCCACCAAAGCCUGGGAUUUGUACCACGAUUCUGAACCUGUGCCAAUAAUACCAUUAUGUGCCAUGUACUGACCGAGAGCCUCGGCCCAGAGCCGGAGCCGAGCAGAUCACGUGUCGAAAUCUUACAGAAAACAGGGGUGGGGUUCUCUUCCGAUAGAGUCACUAUUUCUGGUUAAUAUACAUAUAUAAAUAUAUAAAUACCAACAGACACACACACGCACACGCACACGCACACACAAACACACACACACUUUUUUUGUACUGUAGCAAUUUUUGAAGACCUCCAAUGUUCCUUUUUAAAAAGAUUUGUGUUAUAGGUUACAAAAUCCAAUUUAUUUAACAUGCUUAGUACGAACAAAAUAAACUGGUAUUUUCUACUCUGGCAACCUCACACGCAUAGCGCGUACACGCACACACACACCCCUGCACACACACUCACACACGCAUAUAUACGCCUAUAUUGGAAAUACAGUUCCACAGGUGAGCAUAGUCUUCAUUCUUCCUGGUGACCUGGUGUUUCGUGCAUCUUGGGGGACAGCCUCGGCCCAGGCGACGAGGCCCUGAGUGACAUAGAUACUUGCUGAGUGCCACCAACGUGCGAUUUGUCAUCCGGGGCCAGAAUGAAGAACACCACGGUUUUCUAUACAUAUGUACACACCUGUGCACCCAUGUUCCCCUCUGCACUCAGUUGUUGGAAGAUGCGACCUAACGGCUGCGCGCACAUUGGCGUGGCUGGCUGCCGAGAAGGGGCCUGGCCCCAGGCUGGGUGGGCGGUGGGUUCCUGGACAUCUGUGUUAUACAGCAUAGACUGAAUUAAAGAAAUUUUCCAGUUCCAAACA